AUGAGUAGCUUUGCGGUUCUAGGUCAAAACAAUGACAGUGACGAACCUUCCGAGAAGGAAGUAGAGUUUCUUCAACUGAAAGCCUUGAAUCCUGAUGUCAAAGUCAACUUAUCAGGCGAUCCAUUCGAUACCAAAAGCUAUCCUGGCAAUGUGUCUCUGCUAGAGUGCUCGAGUAAAUUUGGUUACUUUGUAGCUGGCACACCGAAAGGUUUUGUACUCGGCCAACUAUCCGAUCUUCGCACUACCUUUAACAAGGCUGGAAAAGGCGAAACUGCGAGCUUCAACAACAAAAUCGACGUUCAAGUUUCACAGGGAAGUGUACACCACCUUCGACUCACAGCUUCUCAGGAGCAAAUCAUUGCUGGUCUUGCCGAUGGCACUAUUCUCGUAUAUGAUGCAAAGGCGAUGUCCACCAAGUCCAAUUUGCAACCUGUUAAAACUUUCUCAGCUGGUUCGCCGAUCUUGGAUUUGCGACCUAAUCCAGAAGAAAAACCUGAUGUGAUUGCCGUACUUCUUCAGAACCACACAUGUCAGUACAUGUCACUUAGCUCUGGGUCGGUUUUAGCUAAGAUUGCAGAAACUGGUGCCACUGCUAUCUGUUGGUCACCAAAGGGAAAACAAAUCACUGUGGGAAAUCAAAAGGGAUUCAUGUCUCAAUAUGAUUUGGAAGGAAACUUGAAGAGUGCUGUGGAACCUCCUCCUGCUAUGACCGUUGCUGGCGGCGAGAGUGACGACCGUUAUGUUCAAAACGUCGUAUGGGUUGAAAACAAUGUGUUUUUACCUAUCUAUGCAGCACCGACUCCACCAGACGAUGAACAACCUGCUCACUUGUAUGAUGGAUACAUUGUGACUCGACAACCCAAGACAACCAUCAAGCACUAUACGCGCUUGACCGAUAUUUGUAUGCCCUUUGGUCAGCAAGAAAGAACAGGAAAUUAUUACAUGCAGGUCAUCAAAGGUUUAGGUGAAGAAGCACCAUACGUGAUUUUGGUUGCUAGUGCCCCUUCAGCUCAUAUCGGCGUGGUUGGACAAGACAAGUCUGGCGAUUGGGCUGUAUGGGAAUUGGAUGACACUGCUCGCGGUAACCUGCCACUUUCUGAGAAAACGGAUAUGGACACAUCGCCAUUUGGCUUGGCUGUGGAUUUCUCGUCUACCGAGCGCUUAGAACCACUUGAUCCUAGCGAGCCCGAAAACCUUGUCGAGCCUGUUCCGAUCCUUUAUUAUCUCAACGAUGAAGCCAACAUGGGUGCUUUCCAUUGUCUCAAUGUUUCAGCAGCCAAAAGAAAUGAAAGUUAUUCUGGGCAAAUCAAACCUCAAAGUCUUACUGCGGGUGCCUUUGCCGCAGUUACUGCCCCAGCCAGCUCGUCUUUCACCGCAGCGAAGCCAACUCCUGCCACCUCAACGAUUGGUGGUCCAGGAGGGUUUGGUACUGCCAAGUUUGGAUCAGGAGUGUCUUCGCCAAUGCCAUCUUUUGGAAGCUCAAAUGCACCAGCGCAGUCACCAUCGAACUCUUUCAAGUUCGAUUCGCCUAGCCUAGCACCAAAAACAGAUUUCGGCUUUUCGAAAUCACAAACGGAGACUGCUACCGCGCCAGCUGCAAGUGGCUUCUCCUUUGGUGCUGGUUCUCAAGCUAAACCAGCCGGUACAUCACCCUUUUCUGGUGGAUUUAAGACCGGUGCUGCAAACGCUAGCCCUGGAGGCUUCACUUUAGGUACUGCUGUUAAAUCGCCACCUGCCAAGGAGGUAGCAAGCACACCUUUCAGCCUUAACAAACCCACAUCAUCCAAUGUUGGUUCGCCAUCAAAACCGGCCAAUACAGGCUUCUCCUUCGGAGCAGCCCCAAAGCCAUCUUUUGAAGCUCCCAAAUUCCAAUCCCCUCUUGAGACACCUAGUUCAUUUGCUAGUAGCCCCAAGUCAGAUACCUCCACCGCACCUUCUUUGAAGCUGGACAAACCCGCCUUGAGCUUUGGCGGCUCUUCCCCAUCCUCAUUUCAAGGUCUUCAGUCUGCACCUCCUAAAUCUGUAGCAACAAAACCUGCACCAACUGCGGCAGAAACGGAAAAGAAAACGCAACUGAAGGGCAUGGCUAAGGAAUUCGAGUCAAUGUAUCUCACACUCAAUGCUGAAUUAGAUAGUCUUCGAACUAUUGCUGAGGCUUCCGAGAAAAUCAAUGCCAGAGACCGUAUUUCCAAUCCAAAGUUGAAUACCCUGGAAGCUCUGCAGAAGAUUGACCAAUGGAAACUGAGUGAUUUGAAGACUCAAGUUAGCUUGACAAGACAGCUUCUUGAGAAAAUGAAAGUCAUUCAACAAGAUGGUGAAUCGAUUAAGCUUCAUAUGGUUAAGCUUGACCAAGGUGAAGUCAAAAAUGCUCACAAGCAGUUGGAAAUUAAGAAGUUCUUGGAUGCUUCCGCUGAUUCUAGCAAACAACCCCCAAGCAAGAGUGACCACCUUGGCCCUGAAGCCCAAGAGUCGUUGCGACGCCUUGAGCAGUUGGCUAACGAAGUAAAUGAUUCCUUUAAAGACGCUGAAAGCAAGACUGAACAUGCGAAGAAAAAUAUACUUCGCAAUCAAAAAGCAUACCGCGGUUUGAGUAACCCAUCGUUAUAUACCAUCCAUCGCACCAUUCGAGAAGUCCGAAAUGGCCUAUUUGUCCAUAAUGUUGAAUUGGACGAGCUAGAAUCCAAGCUAUCCAGUCUUACUGUUGAAGAAACGCCAAAGCCAAGAGCACAUAGUUCACGCUUCUCCUUUGACGAGUCUAUUGGCGAAGAAGAGGAUGUCCACCUCCAGCUCAAGCCAACACAGCAGAAGGUACACAUACCCAAGGCAUCUCAACAAGCCCUUGAAGCAGCCAGUGAGGUUCUCAUGGAAGAAAGCUUCCUGAGCCGUUUGAGCUCAUUUGCAUCUGCAAGGACAGCAAAUGUUCACAAAAUCACUCCUCAACCUGUGGUUCAGAAAAAAACACACCUUCCACUUGAUCCAUCACCGCUUGGCAUCGACCUUGCAUCUCUGGAUGUGUCUGAUAUCUCUACCCCUCGUAGCCGUAAAUCACCUAUAAAGGAAUCAGAAGCGCUCGGCUUGUUAGAUAGCGAAGACGAAGAGGAUGAGGAAGAAGAAGAUGAAGACGAAGAAGAAGAAGAUGAUUACGAUGAAGAUGAGGAGGAAUACGAGGAAGAAAACGAUGAGGUGUCGACACAACCAGACAGCGCUGCGUGGAAGAGCAAGUCUGGCUCUUCCCUACCAAAGGUGUAUGACACCAAGGCUGUUCAGACGGAUACUUCACCACAAUCCCAAGCUACUGAGAAGAAAGAGGAAACCAAAGAAUCGAAACCGUCUUUCAGUUUCCAAGUAGAAGCGUCACCGGCACCAACAAAACCCUUUCAAUGGGGUGGCUUUGGUAAAGCCCCUGGUGGAGAACAACCAGCAAAAGCCUCUCCAUGGAGCAGCCCUGGUAAUACUUCAGGUGGAGAACAGGUGGCCAAACCCUUUUCAUGGGGCAGCCCUGGUAAUACCCCAGUUGGAGAACAGCCUGCUAAAGAUAAAGGCAUAAAAGAAUCGCAAAUGAAUGUCAAGUCUGCUUCGCCCCUCUCCUUCUCGUUUGGUCAAUCUUCUGCUAAAUCAUCACCGACGCUUUCAUUCGGUGCUUCAGCAACUGAUGCAAAGGACAAGCCUGCGCCGUUCGGAAUCCCCAGCUCAAAGCCAACUGAAGAGGCAUCUAAAGAGAGUGAUAAGGUGCCUGAAAAAGAUGAAAAAGCACCGGAAGAGGUUCAAGAAUCAACUCACAAGCAGGACAAUGUGCCCGAAAAGCAAGACACGCCAGCGUCUCCUACUCCAAGUGACACUGCUUCUUCCUUUGACGUGAUUGAGCAUCCUCGCAUGGGUGAUGGAUCCGGUGACGAAGAUUACGAACAGGGAUUAGAAUCUGACGUUGAAGAUGAAGGUACUGAUGAAGAAAUCACAGCACAGGGUGAGAGUAAGACUGACAGUUUUGCUGUAGGUGAGACUACGCCUGCUGAAGAGAAGGCUACUGAGUCAUCCACCGCCGAUGCAGCUCAGAUCUCAGAACCUGCUGUACAGGAAGAAGAGCAACAAGUGCCUGAAGAAGAUGGAUUGGCUCCAGAGGAUGAAAUUGAGUUAGCUAUGAAAGGCAUUGGAGUAGUGGUACCAGCUGCGGAUGACGAAGAAGAGGAAGAAGAGGAGGAGGAAGAAGAGGCCAUGUCUGAACCAGAGCCUGAACAAACUGUACCCUCAACAGCGCCAGCUGAUGCCUCAUCCUUCUCCCUGUCUGGAUUCGGCUCUGCACUUUCAGAGCCUGCUACUACGCAAGCUACUUCACAGACUGAAUCUGCUGCUCCUAAACCAACGUUUGAAACAACUACUGCAACAUCUUCGUCAGGUUGGGGCGCAACUUCAUCUACACCAGCAUUUGGAGGCUCAGCAAAGGCAGCACCAUCCGGCUUUGGAACUACCGCCCCAUCUACCUUUGGUUCAACGCCUGCUACAUCAGCACCAUUUGGCUCUCAGCCUGCAUCUUCUGGCUUUGGAACUGGUUCUGGCUUUGGUGCUGGUUCAUCAACUCCAUCCUUUGGGUCCACUUCCAGUCUAGGUGGCAAUGUGCCCGCGCCGUCCUUUGGUUCAACUUCUAACCUUAGUGGCAAUGCCCCAACCCCAUCGUUUGGAUCCACUACUGGAUUUGGAGCUUCUUCCAAUCCACCAUCGUUCGGCUCUACUACGAACCUUGGCGGAAAUGCUGCUACACCUUCUUUUGGUGCCACUUCCGGUCUUGGUAGCAAUGCCCCUGCGCCAUCUUUCGGUUCUACAACUUCAUUUGGUGCCGCUUCCAGCACUCCAUCCUUUGGGUCUACGACUAACUUGGGUGGAAAUGCUCCGUCAUCAGGCUUUGGUUCAAGUUCUGGCUUUGGUGCAAGUGCUCAACCAGCAUUUGGCUCAACUUCUAGUCUUGGCGCUGGGUUUGGUGCCACUUCGAACUUUGGCUCAAAUAUGAACCGUGGAUUUGGUACUGCUCCAAAGAGUACCUUUGGAUCGUCUACAUCAUUUGGUACAAGCGGUGGAUUUGCUGCUGCUGCUCAAUCUGGCUCUGGUUUUGGUUCUUUUGCUCAACAAGGACAAAACGUGUUUGCCAACCAACCUGCUAACACAGGCACCUUUGGUCAGCCAGCUUCAUUCGGCCAGCAACAGCAGCAGAACCCACCACCGACUUCGCAGUUCGGUUCUAACCCUGCAUUCACUCAAUUCCGCGGAUAAAUCAGUGUGAACGAAGCGGGAUCCACUUAAAUCUUUUCAAUAAAACAAUUUGAUUCAAUAUUCUGCUCAAAUUUCAA